AUGGCGGCAUUAAGCCGAGAGACAGAUGGUCCCAGAUCCACCAUGCCGGCUGAACUCCACCAUCCCCACUCGCAGUUCUCUCUGUGGAAGUUUAAACUGUUCAGGGUGAAGUCUAUGGAGAAGGCCCCUUUGCCCGGCGAGACACAGCCUGAGAAGGGAUCCUCAUUGGGGACGUCGACUCCUGCAGCUCUAAAUAUAGACCUAAAUGAUGGUGUGGGUCCGGGGAACGUUAUGAAACUGUGCCUGGGGGGAAAAAGCAAGGAAAAUGUGGAGGGCCCUGGAAGGAGAGUAGAUAUCAAGCUGCAGGAAAUGGACACCCACAUGAACCACCUCAGGAGCUUGUGCCGUCUCUGCGGAUCGACCCUGUGGAAAAUCAAAGGACCGGUGCAUGACGUUCAUGGAGAUCUGGAUGAAGUAACCAAAUUUGCCCUGCGUAAAAUGGGCUGCAAGUUCAAACAAUGGCCAGAUGUCAUCCUUAAAGUCUUCAAAGUGGACGUGACAGGGGACGCAGAGUCUGUGCACCCCCUGUCCUUCUGCCAUCACUGCUGGAAGGCGGCCAUACGAGGCGGCGGCGUCUGCAGCUUCACCAAAACUAAAGUCCCUGAGUGGAAACCCCACUCUUCCCCCUGCUACCUCUGCUCUCCCCGGAAACCUUCAUUCCAGAGGACACGGAGGAAGAAGAGGAAAGCCGUCCCUCGGGCCCAGAGCCUGGCGAAGAAGACCAGGCGGGACUACGGUGAGAGCAUCGUUGUUAGCGAGAAGAGAACUCUGAGACCGUUCGGAGAAAGUCUCAAUUCUGCGGUGAGGGUCUGGAGGAAACCCAGCGUCCAGAGAGAGCAGUGGGUGAGGAACAUCACGCGCUGCCAGAAAGACCACCUGAGCACCAAGCUGAUCUCUGAGAAGCUCCCCGUGGACUUCACCGUUUCCUUCAUCUGCCUGGUGUGCGACCACCUGCUCUCUGACCCGGUUCAGUCUCCCUGCGGGCACCUCUUCUGCCGCCACUGUAUUAUAAAAUUGACCCACGUUCUGGGACGUCACUGCCCCGCCUGCAACUUGCCCUGCGCCCCUGAUGAUCUCACCCCGCCUGCCAAAACCUUUUUAUCAGCCCUGUAUUCCCUGCCUCUGCUCUGCCCCAGGGACGGCUGUGGUGAGCAGGUAAGGCUAGACUCGUUUAAAGCUCACUGUCGGAGCCAUGACGUCGGGGAAUGUGCAAAGGAGAGUUCACCGGAAGUUGACAACAACGUGACAGCAGGUAAAGGGGGAAGACCCCGCCAGCACUUGCUCUCGCUGACCCGCCGCGCCCAGAAGCAUCGGCUGAAGGACCUGAAGCUCCAGGUGAAGUCGUUUGCAGACAAAGAGGAAGGCGGCGACCUGAAGUCUGUGUGUUUGACGCUCUUCCUGCUCGCAAUGAGAUCUCUGAACGAGCACCGGCAGGCGGACGAGCUGGAGGCCAUGAUGCAAGGCAGAGGCUUCGGGUUGAAUCCCGCUGUGUGCUUGGCCAUUCGGGUCAACACGUUCCUGAGCUGCAGCCAGUAUCACAAGAUGUACCGGACUGUCAAAGCCACAAGUGGUCGCCAGAUCUUUCAGCCGCUGCACAGCCUCCGAACCGCAGAGAAGGAGCUUCUCCCCGGCUUUCACCAGUUUGAAUGGCAGCCGGCUCUCAAGAAUGUGUCUGCAUCUUGCAACGUCGGCAUUAUUAACGGGCUCUCUGGAUGGGCUUCCUCGGUGGAUGACUCCCCGGCUGACACAAUCACUCGGCGCUUUCGCUAUGAUGUGGCACUGGUGUCGGCGUUAAAGGAUCUGGAGGAGGACAUCAUGGACGGGCUGAGAGAGAGUGGGAUGGAAGACAGCGCUUGCACCUCAGGCUUUAGCGUCAUGAUCAAGGAAUGUUGUGAUGGUAUGGGCGAUGUCAGCGAGAAGCACGGCGGAGGACCUGUUGUUCCCGAGAAGGCGGUGCGCUUCUCUUUCACCGUUAUGUCUGUCUCUGUCCUCGCAGACGAGGAGGAGGAGGAGGUUACCAUUUUCACUGAGCCAAAACCAAACUCAGAGCUGUCCUGCAAGCCCCUCUGCCUGAUGUUCGUGGAUGAGUCAGACCACGAGACGCUCACAGCACUCCUGGGGCCCAUAGUUGCAGAGCGUAAUGCAAUGAAAGAGAGCAGACUCAUUCUAUCCAUCGGCGGCCUGCCUCGCUCCAUUCGCUUCCACUUCAGGGGCACGGGGUAUGACGAGAAGAUGGUGCGUGAGAUGGAGGGCCUGGAGGCCUCGGGGUCCACGUACGUCUGCACUCUGUGUGACUCCACUCGUGCAGAAGCCUCUCAAAACAUGGUGCUCCACUCCAUCACUCGCAAUCACGAGGAGAACCUAGAACGAUAUGAGAUCUGGAGAAGCAACCCCUUCUCCGAGUCUGCAGACGAGCUGCGAGACCGAGUCAAAGGGGUCUCCGCCAAGCCCUUCAUGGAGACCCAGCCCACGCUGGACGCGUUGCACUGCGACAUCGGCAACGCCAGCGAGUUCUACAAAAUCUUCCAGGACGAGAUUGGGGAGGUGUACAAAAAGGCCAACCCCAGCCGGGAGGAGCGGCGCAGCUGGAGGGCCGCCCUGGAUAAACAGCUGAGGAAGAAGAUGAAGCUUAAACCGGUAAUGAGGAUGAAUGGGAACUACGCCCGCCGGCUAAUGACCCUGGAGGCUGUGGAGGUGAUAUGUGAGCUGGUGCCCUCCGAGGAGAGGAAGGAGGUCCUGAGGGAGCUCAUGAGGCUCUACCUGCAGAUGAAGCCUGUGUGGCGCGCCACCUGUCCGGCCAAAGAAUGCCCCGACCAGCUGUGCCGCUACAGCUUCAACUCCCAGCGCUUUGCUGACCUCCUCUCCUCCGCCUUCAAAUAUAGAUACAACGGGAAGAUAACCAAUUACCUGCACAAGACCCUGGCCCACGUGCCUGAAAUCAUAGAGAGGGAGGGAUCCAUAGGAGCCUGGGCCAGCGAGGGGAACGAGUCCGCAAACAAGCUGUUCAGGCGUUUCCGGAAGAUGAAUGCACGUCAGUCGAAGGCGUUUGAGCUGGAGGACGUGCUGAAGCACCACUGGCUCUACACCUCCAAGUACCUGCAGAAGUUUAUGGAGGCUCACAAGGACUCUGCCAGAGCUCUACAAGCUACCAUGGACCCAGCAGAGAUCCCCGAUGAUGAAGAUAUGUCUUUGGAUAUUGAUUUUUGA